AGCUUGGUGCCGCUGCGGGCUGCCUGAGGGAGUGCUGGUGAGGUGCUGACGGCCGGUACCCGGCACCUGGGCCUGCGACACUGACUGUCGGGCGCGGCGUCGGUGGUGGCGCUGACCCGUGGACCCAGCAGCACGACAUCCUAAAAUAAAUCCAUCAGAAUGACACCUUCUCAGGUUACCUUUGAAAUAAGAGGAACUCUUUUACCAGGAGAGGUUUUUGCAAUAUGUGGAAGCUGUGAUGCUUUGGGAAACUGGAAUCCUCAAAAAGCUGUGGCUCUUCUUCCAGAGAAUGAAACAGGUGAAAGCAUGUUAUGGAAAGCAACCAUUGUACUCAGUAGAGGAGUAUCAGUUCAGUACCGCUAUUUCAAAGGGUGCUUUUUAGAACCAAAGACUAUCGGUGGCCCAUGUCAAGUCAUAGUUCACAAGUGGGAGACUCAUCUACAACCACGAUCAAUAACCCCUUUAGAAAGUGAAAUUAUUAUUGACGAUGGACAAUUUGGAAUCCACAAUGGUAUUGAGACUCUGGAUUCUGGAUGGCUGACAUGUCAGACCGAAAUCAGAUUACGUUUGCAUUAUUCCGAAAAACCUCCUGUCUCAAUAACCAAGAAAAAAUUUAAAAAAUCUAGAUUUAGGGUAAAGCUGACAUUAGAGGGUCUGGAGGAAGAUGAUGAUGAUAGAGUAUCUCCCACUGUUCUUCACAAAAUGUCAAAUAGCCUGGAGAUAUCCUUAAUAAGCGACAAUGAAUUCAAGUGUAGACAUUCACAGCCAGAGUGUGGGUAUGGCUUACAGCCUGACCGUUGGACAGAGUAUAGUAUACAGACAAUGGAACCAGAUAACCUAGAACUAAUAUUUGAUUUUUUUGAGGAAGAUCUCAGUGAACAUGUAGUUCAGGGUGAUGCUUUUCCUGGACAUGUGGGUACAGCAUGUCUCUUAUCGUCCACCAUUGCAGAGAGUGGGAAGAGCGCUGGAAUCCUUACUCUUCCCAUCAUGAGCAGAAAUUCUAGGAAAACAAUAGGCAAAGUGAGAGUUGACUAUAUAAUUAUUAAGCCGUUACCAGGAUACAGUUGUGACAUGAAAUCUUCAUUUUCCAAGUAUUGGAAACCAAGAAUACCAUUGGAUGUUGGACAUCGAGGUGCAGGGAAUUCUACAACAACUGCUCAGCUUGCUAAAGUUCAAGAAAAUACUAUUGCUUCUUUAAGAAAUGCUGCUAGUCAUGGUGCAGCCUUUGUAGAAUUUGAUGUACAUCUUUCAAAAGAUUUUGUGCCUGUGGUGUAUCAUGAUCUCACUUGUUGUUUGACUAUGAAAAAGAAAUUUGACGCUGAUCCAGUUGAAUUAUUUGAAAUUCCAGUGAAAGAGUUAACAUUUGACCAACUCCAGUUGUUAAAGCUCACUCAUGUGACUGCAUUGAAAUCUAAAGAUCUGAAAGAAUCUAUGGUUGAAGAAGAAAAUUCCUUUUCUGAAAAUCAGCCAUUUCCUUCUCUUAAGAUGGUUUUAGAAUCUUUGCCAGAAGAUGUAGGGUUUAACAUAGAAAUUAAAUGGAUCUGCCAACAAAGGGAUGGAAUGUGGGAUGGUAACUUAUCAACAUAUUUUGACAUGAAUCUGUUUUUGGAUAUAAUUUUAAAAACUGUUUUAGAAAAUUCUGGGAAGAGGAGAAUAGUAUUUUCUUCAUUUGAUGCAGAUAUUUGCACAAUGGUUCGGCAAAAGCAGAACAAAUAUCCCAUAUUAUUUUUGACUCAGGGGAAAUCUGAUAUUUACCCUGAACUCAUGGACCUCAGAUCUCGGACAACUCCCAUUGCAAUGAGCUUUGCACAAUUUGAAAAUCUACUGGGGAUAAAUGCACAUACUGAAGACCUACUCAGAAAUCCGUCCUAUAUUCAAGAAGCAAAAGCUAAGGGACUGGUCAUAUUCUGCUGGGGCGAUGAUACCAAUGAUCCUGAAAACAGAAAGAAAUUAAAGGAAUUUGGAGUUAAUGGUCUAAUUUAUGAUAGGAUAUAUGAUUGGAUGCCUGAACAGCCAAAUAUAUUCCAAGUGGAGCAGUUGGAACGCCUGAAGCAAGAAUUACCAGAGCUUAAGAGCUGUUUGUGUCCUACUGUUAGCCGCUUUGUUCCCUCAUCUUUGUGUGGGGAGCCUGACAUUCUUGUGGAUGCCAAUGGCAUUGAUAAUGUGGAGAGUGCUUAGUGAUUACUGGGUGGAGACAUCACCAUUUGGGGCAUGCACCGCUAUUUUGGGUAUUCACUUUUCAUCACCAAGCACUGUUUAUGCCUUUUAGGUUUUCAGUCCAAUGAAGCAAUAAUGAAGUAUUUUCUAUUUCAUUGCGGUUCUUGCUAGAAUUUCAAGUAUGCUAUUUAAAUCACUUGGCCAGGUAUAAUUACCAGUCAGUCUCUUUACAAUGAGAAUAUUUAUUUGUUGGUAUAAAUACUUUAAAUAUGUAAAUGGAUAAUGUUAAACAUGGAUUUUGGAAUUAGCUAUAUAAAUAUCUCAUAUUUACACUUACUACAGCUUUUUAUUUGAUCAGGUCAGAAAUACUUAGCACUCAGAAGACCAUGACUAUGCAUAAUUAUACCUGACCAUGGGAAAAAUAAGUACCUCAAAUGCAUGUAUUUGCACUGGUGAUUCCAACUGCACAAACCUUUGUGCCAUCUAUGUGUAUAAUGUAUUUUUCACAUGAAUUGACAUGCACACCAUUUUCAUUCAGUAUGAACCUUGAGGCUGCUGCCAUUUUCCCAUUUAACCAAACCAAUACCUGUGUA